UAAAUGACUAUAAGUAGGUCUACAUUUGCUCUGUUACUCAGUAAUUUCAAUUGGGAAUAACCGGCAGAAGUGACUGUAGUCAGUCUGCUUUUAUUACUGGCUUUAGUCAUGGCAUCUCUUAUCAGGUUAUCAAUGUUCUCCUUGCUUGUGAUCAAAUGGAUCAAAGUAGAUGCAUUCGUUGAUGCCACAGCAUUGGAGCCAACAGAGGAAGAGGAGCAGUUGUCAAGCAAUGAAGCAGAAUUCUAUUCUACUUGGUCACCCGAUGGAUUCCAGGAGCAGGAACAUGGCCCUUUAGUCAGGUCACUGAGGAAUUAUAAAGUACCUCUGCAUGACAAACGGGGCACGGUUAUCCAGACUCGGCAUAAAGGCCACAAUGCCAAAGUUCCCCCGAAGCUGUGUAGAAGUGUCGUGUCCAAGCAGAGCCGGCAGGGCUGUCUGUCAAACAAAAAGCACCAGCAGAAGCCACAGCACCGCCAUGAACAUCAAACUUACCAAGUGAAGGUGCCCCAGACUCCCCAGAAACGGCAUCACCACUACCACCAAAGCCACAAGGUAAAUAUGCCUCAGACUCCACAUCACCCCCAUCGCACAUACCAGAUGAAGGUGCCCCAGACUCCCCAGAAACGGCAUCACCACUACCACCAAAGCCACAAGGUAAAUAUGCCUCAGACUCCACAUCACCACCAUCACACAUACCAGAUGAAGAUGCCCCAGGCUCCACAGAAGCACCAGCACCAAGUGAAGAUGCCCCAGGCUCCACAGAAGCACCAGCACCAAGUGAAGAUGCCCCAGGCACCCAAGAUGCAGCAUCACCACUGCCACAAGGCAAAGGGGCCCCAGACUCCACUACAUCGCCACCACCACCACGAAUGCCAAAUGAAGAUGCCCCAGGCUCCACAAAAACUUCCCCAUAACCAAGUGAAGCCACCAGAGGAUCCCCAGAAGCACAAUUACCACAGCUUCCAAGUCAAGGUGCCCCAGGCCCCCAAAAAGCAGUACCAGCAUCACCACUACAUUUAUGGGGCAUAUAUGCCCCAGGCUCCUCAAAAACAUCACCCUUACCAGGUAAAGCUGCUGGAAUAUCCCCAGCAGAACCAAACAUUUCAGGUUAAGGUGCCACAGGCCCCUGUGCUGCAGCAGCACCACCACCACCACCAGGUAGGGAUGCCCCAGGUGCCACAGAAAUAUCCCCAGUACCAGAUCAAGGUCCCAGAAGGUCCUCAAAAGAAUCACCACCCCAGCUAUCAGAUUGAGCUUCCCCAGGCUCCUCCUCUGGAGCAGCAGUAUCAUCAGGUGAAGAUGCCCCAGGUUCCCCUGCAGCAGCAGUAUCACCACAAUUACCAGGUGGAGAUGCCCCAGAAUCUACAGAAUUAUCCCCAGGACCAAAUGAAGGUGCCAGAAGAUCCCCAGCACAACAAAACCUUCCAGGUGGAGAUGCCCCAGGCUUCUCUGCAGCAACAUCACAAAUAUUACCAGGUGGCGAUGCCCCAGACUCUACAGAAUUAUCCCCAGUACCAAGUGAAGCUGUCAGAGGAUUCCCAGAGGCCACAUCACCACCCCAACUUUCAGAUCAAGGUGCACAAUGAUCCCCAGAAGCAGGACCACCACCAUCACCACAAAUAUCCGGUGGAAGUGCCUCAGGCUCCCCUGCAGCAGCAACACCAUUACCAGGCGGUAAUGCCCCAGACUCCACAGAAUUAUCCCCACUACCAAGGGAAGCUACCAGGUGAUUCCCAGAAGCAUCACCACCCCAGCUACCAGAUAAAAGUAUCAGAGUAUCCCCUGGAACAGCAGUACCAGCAUCAACACCAACCAAGCUUUCACCACAAGGUGCCAGAGGGUCCCCAGAAGCAGCAUCACCACACUGAUGUUCAGGUCAAGGUGCACAGUGAUCCCCAGAAGCAGUACCAGUACCACAAAUAUCAGGUGGAAAAGCCUCAGGCCCCCUUGCAGCAGCAACACUAUUACCAGGUGGCAAUGCCCCAGAUACCUCAAAAUUAUCCCCAGUACCAAGUGGAGCUUCCAGGUGAUUCCCAGAAGAAUCACCAGCCCAGCUUUCUCAAGGUGCCAGAGGGUCCCCAGAAGCAGCAUCACUGUAACCACAACUACAAAGUUGAGGUGCCUGAGGAUCCCCAAAUGAAUCACCAUUACAUUUGUGGCUAUUGGGUGAAGGCACCUCAAAAUAACCUGCAGGGAUCAGGUGACCCAUGUUUACCAGAAGCGGGACCACUGGUUUCCCAGCAGCCGAGUGGCUACAUGGACAAUUUGUACCAGAGACUCCAUCAUCUAAGGACUCAAUCCAAACGAAAUUCCCAAUAACUGCUACAGCUGACUGAUACGAUUAAAUGCUGACAGGAGAAAGUGAAGGGAAGUGAAGCAGAUGGCAGGCAAAAGACUGACAGCAAAAAAAACAUAGAAGAAAGCUCUGACUUGAUCUCCUAUCGGAAUCCUCACAAGAACGUUUUUUGUCCGUCGACACAAAUAUGUUCAAAGCAGAAAACUCGCAUGAACUCUAUCUGACUUUCUCCUACUAUACUUUCUCACCCUGAUAAACAAUCUGAAACAGCAGGAGAGGAAAAUAGAACAAAAUGUGCUCUAGUGCUGAGGGUGAACUCAAGUUCACAGCUCCUAAUUACAAUGUGAGAUAAAACACAAGAGAAAGCUAAUGAAAUGUACACAAUUUUGUGCAUGGCUCACUUUCUAUGAUGCAUUGUUUUAUCUGAAGUGAAUACUUAUCAUUUCAUAUAUUAUAUAGGUUGCAACAUACUAUUAUAGAUUUAAAAAAGCCAAAUUUGAUGUCAACCAUGCAUUCAUUAUUCAUUCCGUACUUGUCUGUAUUUGAUUCUGUGAAAUAUAUGGUUGCAUUAAAGAAAUGCACCACUCCA